AAUAUUUUUUUCUGACAUAACAUGUUAAGAAUGUUAAGUACUGUGUAGGCCUAUAUGAAUAAACAGUGACAAUAUGUCAUGACAGAUAUUGGCUACAAAGACAUUUCAGGUAAACAUGGUAGACUACAACUAAAACAAAAUAUGAUAUUAUUUCUUCCAAAAGAAAAAAAGACCAGUGACCAAUCAAUGGGUUAUAAGUACAACAAAAUUGUUGCAAUUAAUAAAUAAAUAUAUAAAUAAAAAAUAAAUAAAAUAAAUCAAUGAUGUUUGGAAUGAAGAGGCUGAAGACAAUUCAAAUGUCCAAACAUAGUAGAUAGAUAGUAAUGUGGUAUGUUCCCUCAUAUCAAAAUAUGUUACUCCAGUUACAUGACAAAUAUCACAAAGACAUUGGUACUAAAUAGGUAUUAAAUAAAUUGCUCUCAUAUAGUCUGAACUGUUUUGUUGCACUCUUUUAGGACUGGUUAUGCACUGUACUUUCCAUCACAAAGAACAUAUUCUAUUGGUGGUGGAUAAAGUGAAAAAGAAAGUAUUUUAAACACAACAACACUCACUGUAAUAAGGUUAAGGCAGGUCAUGAAUUCUCUCCAAAAAAAAAAAGCAUCAAAAGAUUGACUAAAAUUUUAAUUCAUGCUCUGUCUAUUUAACAGGUUUAAUGGGUUAGAGUAUCCAAGAGAAGAUAUAUUGCACAUGAAGUUUGCAUAUUUGCAAACUUUUAACAUUAAAAUGCAUCCCUGUUCCCCUCGAGUGGGCAAUGAGGUCUUUAUGAUUGGAUGUGUGUGUGCAUGCAUUAAUUUAUGUAAAAGACUCAGAGUAUGGUUGAGUGGGAGUGUCUGUGUAUGUAGAUGGGUCUGGAUGAGACUACAUAAUCUACACACCACAAUUUAAAGGGCAUCUUCUGCUCAGCGUGGAUAAUAUACAGAGUACAACUUUAGGAUUACAACAGCUGGUUUGGAGAAAUGUACGGCUUUAUUAAUACGUGUCUGAAGUCACUGGUCAUUGAAAGGUUUGGAGAAGAGACAUGGGAAAAAUUGAGAUUAAUGGCUGGGGUCCAGGAGACAUUUAUGACCUAUGAAAUCUACGACGAUGUCAUCACUCUUCGUUUAGUGCAAGAGGCUUGUAAAAUGCUGGAUGUCUCCUCCGAGGUGGUUUUGAAGCUUUUUGGAGAGUACUUUUUCAGCUUUUGUAAGAUGUCCGGAUAUGACACUAUGCUGCGUACACUUGGUGGAAACCUGGUGGAAUUCAUUGAAAAUCUUGAUGCUCUACACAGUUAUUUGGCAUUAUCAUAUGAGGCAAUGAAUGCUCCGUCCUUUCGUGUGGAGCGGAUGGAUGAUGGCCGAAUUCUCCUUCACUAUUACUCAGAUAGGAAAGGAUUGUAUCACAUCGUGCCAGGUAUUAUCGAGGCUGUGGCAAAGGAUUUCUUUGACAGUGAGGUUAUGAUGACCAUUCUAAACCAGUCAGAAGAGGAUGAGCGCACUGGAAAGAAGGAACAUGUGGUUUUCCACAUGGUACAGAAGGAAAAGCUGACCAAAAGAAAGGCCCAACCAAGACAGAAAGGCAGCAAUGAGGAAAUACAGGCUGAGAAAGAGGACAAGGAGGAGACAAUGAAGAGGCUGAAGGCCAGGUAUGCCAGCCUGCAGCUGUGUCCAAGGAAACGAUCUCCAUGGGAGAUUGUGAGGAGCAUUGUCAAGUUGGGCCAAGGCAAUCUGCGACAAUCAUUCACUCCCAGCUACCCAAAAAGACUUUGGAUUGAAGAACAAGCCUUCUGUAAUGCUUUUCCCUUUCACAUUGUUUUUGAUCAAGAUCUGGUGGUGAAGCAAACAGGUGUCAACAUUCAGAAGUUUGUUCCCGGACUGCAGACCGCAGGCAUCCGUCUGGAUGAGUACUUUACCAUUGUUCACCCAGAAGUCAUCUUCAAUAUCAAGAGCAUCAAGAAGUUCAUCAACAGCCAAUUUGUGCUAAAAACCAGGAGGGAAAUGUUACAGGAGAUCCAUCAAAACCAGUCCACACUCAAGCUGAGAGGACAGAUGAUGUGGAUGGAGUCACUCAACUGCAUGAUCUAUCUGUGCUCUCCUAAGCUACGAAGCCUCCAGGAACUGGAGGAGAGGGGUCUCCAUCUGGCUGACAUCGCCCAGCACGACACCACACGAGAUCUGAUCCUGCUCAACCAGCAGAGGUUGGCGGAGAUCGAGCUCUCCAAUCAGCUAGAAAGGAAGAAGGAGGAGUUGAGAAUCCUCUCACGCAACUUAGAGAUCGAAAAGCAGAAAUCAGAAAAGCUUCUUUAUGCCAUGCUGCCGACACACGUUGCCAACCAGCUUAAAGAGGGCAGAAGAGUAGAAGCAGGUGAGUUCAAAGUGUGCACCAUUCUUUUUAGUGAUGUGGUCACAUUCACUAACAUCUGCGCAGCCUGUGAACCUAUUCAAAUAGUCAACAUGCUCAACGCCAUGUACUCCAGAUUUGAUCGACUUACAAACAUCCACAAUGUCUAUAAGGUAGAGACUAUAGGUGAUGCUUACAUGGUGGUUGGUGGUGUACCCAUUCCUACAGACACUCAUGCGGAGCGGGUGGCAAACUUUGCCCUUGGUAUGAGAAUUGCUGGCAGAGAAGUAACCAGCCCUAUCACAGGAGAGCCCAUACAGAUAAGAGUAGGCCUGCACACCGGUUCAGUUUUGGCUGGUGUUGUAGGUGAGAAGAUGCCACGCUAUUGCUUGUUUGGAGACACGGUCAAUACAGCCUCUCGGAUGGAGAGCCAUGGAGUUCCUGAUCAUAUACACCUGAGCCCCUUCACAUACAGUGUGUUAAAGGACAAAGGAAUGUUUGAGAUCGCAGAGAGGGGUGAGAUCGAGGUGAAAGGCAAAGGACUGAUGCAAACAUACUUCCUGCUGAAGAACCUCCAAAAGAGUGAUGAACAGAUCAUGGGUUUGGUCGAUGGAGAGACCUGCAUGUACCAGGAAGCCCCGGAGGAUGUGAUGGAUGUCCAAAACGUAAGUCCUGAAGACACAGACGGUGGGCAGAAAGAGGAAGAGAAAAAGGAGGAAGAAAUUGACAACCAGAAAAAUCACACAUCAUUACCAUCUCUCUGUCCAGGCAAAAUCUCCCCCAGUCAUUUAAUUCAGUUCGAUGUAACGCCAGCGUACGAAAGCCCCACUGAUUUCAAACAUCUACACAAUGGUCUUCAUUCAGACAGCAUGUGUACCAAGUUCUGCUCGAUACUUUAGUCCAACAUCACCGAAUUAAACCCAAUUUUAAGAAGAUUGAAUUUCAAGCCUGCCAUUCAAAGGGCCAGUAACACAAAUCAACAGCCGUAAUCUAAAACUCGCAAUACCACGUGCUCUGUGCAGUGUAUAAUGACUGUUUUUCCCAGCUCUCCAAGAAACAGUGGGGGAUUUCUACUUUGUGGACACAGAUUUGUCAUCUGGGAAAGGCAAGUCUCUACACCGAUUCCCAGUGCUCCUCGGGCAGCACGGCUUCAUUUGCACCUACUGGUUGCCCGCUGGUGAUGGCCGGCAGUAGAACCACCCUCGGAGAAAGCUAAUCUCCCUCUAGAGAAAUUAAUCACUUAUUAUGAACUGUUUUCAUGUGGAAAUCAGAUGGCAAACACAGAUGACCAGAGGUAGAUAAACAUAUGGUACGAUCAAAUUCUAUCUGUUAGGUAACAGGGGAACUAAUUAUUCACUGUGCCCAACAACACGCAAUCUGUUUUUCUCUCAAAUAAAAAUAUGACUGCAUGAAAAUUUUAUAUUGUUCUAUUAAUUCUCCCUUUACCUUUACCUUUACCACAUGAUUACAGUGGAUAUCUAUUUUUUUUUUUAAGUUUAACUAAUACUUACAAAAACUACUAGAUCACA